CUUCUUCUCUUCCCUUCACCGCCAAGAGUUUGAAGACAUCCAAGUUCCCUUUAUUUUUUUUUUUUCUUUUUCCUUCUUCAAUUUGCAGAGAACUUCUAAGAGAGAGUUUGGAAGAAGAAGAGAAAUUUUUACUAGAAUUUUUAGGUUGAAGAAGAGGAGGAGAACUCAAGCAAAGUGUAUCAAUGGCUGAAUUUUAGUUCAUUCUGCACAUCACUGGUUUUUAAUUCGGUUUGAACUCUUCAAAAGGAAUUAAGAGAAAACAGGGCAGUUGGUUUUCACUCGAAAUCCGGAGGUCUCUGGUGUUUCUUGUAUUUCAGAGUGUAUCGGUGGAGUUAGAAUCUCUAUUUGGUAUGGUUGGAAAGCUUAUUCAAUUUACUACAACUUUCAUGAAGAAAUUGUAAACCAAAAACGACUAAAAAUUGGUUAAAUUGUAGGAACAAGUUAAAGAGGUCGUGUGCGCGCGAUUCUGGAAGUGGUUCUGUUUUGAGGGUUAUAUGUGUUUAUGCACGGGGAAUCAGAUUUAUAUGUCUUCAGGUAAGUUUUAGAGGAUCUCAAAAUGAAGAGUUUGAUAUAAAGAACACUCAUUUUGGUUAAGUAUUGAGAAAGUUAUAGUCCUUUGAAGUUUAUGUUAGAAAUCUGGAAAUUUUAGAGAAUUGUUGAAAUAGGAUUUUAUUUCUUAAGCUUUGUUUUCGUGAGCGUCAUCUUUGGUGCGACAUGUUAUGUAUAUCUUUAGGAAACCAGAAUGUUUAGGGUUUUAAUACUCGGUUGGGUUGUUGGCAGGCCGAGAAGAAUUAAACCGAGCUUAUAGACCAAGGAUCUAGCCCAAGACUGUGAGUGACAAAACCAACUUUGAAAUAUUUUCCAUAACUGUUAUUAUGAUUGAAUGCGAUAAAUGUUUAUUUACGAAGCCAUGAAAGGUAUUUGAAUUUCAUGACUAUUUUCAAGUAUACAUUUGGAGACUAGAUUUCUGAAAGAAAUUUAUGCUAGCACGUAGAUAUUAAAUGUUUGGAAAGUAUUUAAACCACAAUAUUUUAAGCAAAGCAUGAAUUAGUAUGAAGUUUUGUUUUAAGAACUACAAUUUUCCACGAAAGAGCUGAGUAAAGUUCGAGCUUUGUGUAAAAUUUAUAAGCAGGCAUGUUUUAAUAUUUUAUGAUGAUUUAUGAAAUUUUCAUUAACUACAUGACUGAGAUCUUGAGCCUGAGGCUAGAGAUUACCGUGUGCACACUGGUUAGAUUUCGUUGUUGACGUUGAGUGUACUCCGUAACAACGAUGCUGUCGUGAGUGCUGGGCGGGCCCCACUACGACAAAGACGUCGUGAGUGUUGGGCGGACCCCACUACAUCGUAGUGCUUGUAAACGUUGUUGUACUAGGUGUACCCUACACAACGUAGAUUCGUCAUGUUAGUUAAAAUGCUUCGAUAUACUUGAUAUGCCUUGCUAGAUUUCAAUGAUGAACAUGCUGAGUAUUUAAGGAAGCUAUUCUUACUAUUACACAUUUACAUUUACGACUUGUAUAAACAGAUUUAUAUGUGUAAAGUUUUCACGUGCUCUUAUCUUUAAAUUCAUAGUUUUAAACUGAGUCACUCACUGAGCUUCAUAGCUCACCCUUUCCAAAAUGUUUUACCCAUUUUCCAGGUAGAGAUCGACUUCCCGGUGCCUGAUAGACUGCCUUAGUCUGCGGAAGCUUCAUUAUCGAUUGCCAGUACGUGUUUUGAGUUGGGCAUAAAGUCUGUUGUGUUGUGAUGUAUUCACACCCUUGUAUGUUAUAGAUACUCCACAAUUUGUAUAAGCUUUAGGAGCUGUAGUUGUGUAAAUUUUGUUGGUUAUAUUUUGAUUAAGGUGUCUUUAGGUUUACUCGUGAAAUCGGUAAAUUUUGAGGUACACUUCAUAUAUGUGUUUGACUAGUUGUGUUUGACUAGCCUAGGAUCCGCUGUGUUUUGUGGCAUGUACAAUAGUUUAUAUACUAGAUUGGCAAGUUCAUCACAUGAAAGUUUUAAGCAGAGUCGACAGAUACAGGUACAGAAAAACGUUGUUCGUCGGCUUCACGCCAUCUUUCGGUCUAAGGUAGCAGAGCCUAGUGAUCCAGAAAAGGCAUACGGAAUUAAACGGCUAAAGAAGUUAGGGGCUACAGUGUUUGAGGGUUCCACAGAUCCAGCUGAUGCAGAGAAUUGGUUGAAUAUGCUUGAAAAGUGUUUUGAUGUGAUGAAUUGUCCUGUGGAGCGAAAGGUUAGAUUGGCCACAUUUUUGUUGCAAAAGGAAGCUGAAGGAUGGUGGAAAUCUAUAUUAGCUAGGCGCAGUGAUGCACUUGCUUUAGACUGGCAGUCUUUUAGAAGCAUAUUCGAAGAUAAGUAUUAUCCCAGCACAUACUGCAAAGCCAAGAGGGAUGAAUUUUUGGGGUUGAAACAAGGAUCACUUUCAGUGGCUGAGUAUGAGAGGAAGUAUACCAAGCUUUCACGGUAUGCUGACGUUAUUGUGGCUUCUGAGAGUGACAGGUGCCGAAGGUUUGAAAGAGGGUUGCGUUUUGAAAUAAAUACCCCAGUUACAACCAUUGCUAAGUGGACGAAUUUUUCUCAGUUAGUGGAGACUGCCCUUCAUGUGGAGCAGAGUAUAACAGAAGAGAAAUCAGCAGUGGAGCUUAGUCGUGGGACAUCAAUAGCUAGUGGAUUUAGAGGUCGUGAGCAGCGGAGGUUCACGCUUGGGAUAAAUAUUUCAAGUCGUCAAGACUUUAAGAAUCGGUCUGGAGGCCAAGCAUCGAGGAACGUGAGUUAUGGUAGUGUUUUUCAGAGACAGAGCCAGAGAAUACCUAGUCAACCCACUAGAUCAAUAGUAAGAUCACAACCAGGUCAAGAGUCCGUUGCUAGUACAGUCAGACGAGCACCAUGCACGAGUUGUGGCAGGAACCAUCGGGGUCAGUGUUUGGUGGGUGCCAGUGUAUGUUACUAGUGCGGACAACCAGGACAUUUCAAGAAAGAUUGUCCGCAGUUGAACAUGAAAUUUAAGAGAGAUGAGGGAGUUAGUCCCAGACAGUUGCACAAUCGAGAGUUUCAGUGGUUCCAACAGAGGGCACCAUGGUGCAAGGCAAAAGGGAGUUGUUGGAAGACCUAGGCAACAGGGAAAAGUCUAUGUUAUGACUCAAUAAGAAGCGGAGGAAGCACCAGACGUUAUUACAGGUACGAUUGUUAUUUGUAAUGUACCUGCAGAUGUUUUAUUUGAUCCAGGUGCUACACAUUCCUUUGUUUCUAGUACAUUUCUAACUAAGCUGAAUAAGAUGCUUGAGCCUUUAUCUGAGGGGUUAGCUAUAUACACUCCAGUUGGUGGCGUUUUACUUGUCAAUGAGGUGUUGCGUGAUUGUGAAAUUUUAGUAGAAGGUAUCAGUAUGCUAGUGGACUUGCUACCACUAGAGUUACAGAGGUUAGAUGUAAUUUUGGGAACUGAUUUCUUAUUUGCUUACUAUGCAUUUAUGGAUUGCCAUAGGAAGGAAGUGGUUUUCAGAAAAUCAGGCUUUGUUGAAGUGGUUUUUAGAGGUAUGAGGAAGGUGGUUUCUAGAAGUUUAAUCUCAGUUUUGAAAGUUGAGAAAUUGCUGAGGAAGGGUUGCACAGCAUUUCUUGCACAGAUCGUAAUAGUGCAAAGAGAAAAGCUGAAGCCAGAAGAUGUUCCUGUGGUGAAAGAGUUUCUUGAUGUUUUUCCAGAUGAUCUGUUAGGUUUGCCACUUGAUAGAGAGAUUGAGUUCACCAUUGAAUUAUUACCAGGAAUAACACCUAUUUCACAGGCACCGUAUAGAAUGGCUCUAAGCGAGCUUAAAGAAUUAAAGAUGCAGUUACAAGAACUGGUUGACAAGGGAUACAUCAAGCCUAGUGUAUCGCCUUGAGGAGCACCAGUGCUAUUUUUGAAAAAGAAAGAUGGUACCCUCAAAUUAUGUAUUGACUAUAGACAGUUAAACAAGGUUAUAAUACAUAACAAGUAUCCUUUACCACGCAUCAAUGACUUAUUUGAUCAAUUAAAGGGAGCAGCAUUGUUCUCUAAGAUUGACUUAAGGUCAGGAUACCACUAGUUGAAGGUUAGAGAAUCAGAUAUUGCUAAGACAACAUUCAGAACGAGGUAUGGGCAUUAUGAGUUUCAAGUUAUGCCAUUCAGUUUAACAAAUGCGCCAGCGGUUUUCAUGGAUCUCAUGAAUAGGAUCUUCCAUCAAUAUUUAGAUCAGUUUGUGAUCGUGUUCAUUGAUGAUAUAUUAGUUUACUCGGUUGACAGAGAAGCCCAUGAGGAACAUCUGAGGAUUGUUCUAUAGACUCUACGUGAUAAACAGUUGUAUGCUAAGUUCAGCAAAUGUGAGUUCUGGUUGGAACAAGUAGUAUUUUUGGGGCAUGUAGUUUCAGCAAAAGGAGUUAGUGUCGAUCCACAAAAAGUGGAAGCGAUUGUCAAUUGGGAAAGACCAACUAGUGCGACAGAAGUCCGUAGUUUCCUAGGUUUGGCAGGAUACUAUAGGCAUUUUAUUGAGGAUUUCUCACGAUUGACAUUGCCUUUGACCGCUUUGACAAGGAAGAAUGCUAAGUUUGAGUUGUCAGAUAAAUACGAGCAAAGUUUUCAAAAAUUGAAGAAAAGACUAAUCACAACACCUAUUCUGGCACUUCCUAUAACAGGGAAGGACUAUGUGAUUUAUUGUGACGCUUCAAGGCUAGGAUUAGGUUGUGUGCUUAUGCAAGAUGGGAAUGUAAUAGCUUAUGCUUCAAGGCAGUUGAAGGAGCAUGAGUGUAAUUACCCUACCCAUGAUCUUGAGCUAGCAGCAGUUGUUUUAGCAUUAAAAAUCUGGACACUAUUUGUUCGGGGAAAAGUGCCAUAUUUUCACAGAUCAUAAGAGCCUGAAGUAUAUUUUUGAUGAGAAAGAGCUAAAUCUGAGACAAAGGCGAUGACUAGAAUUGAUUAAAGAUUAUGAUUGUACUAUGGAGUAUCAUUCAGGUAAGGCUAACGUAGUAGUGGAUGCAUUAAGUAGGAAGUCAAGACUUCCGAAGAGUGCCUUGUGUGGUAUUUGAGUAGCUUUGUUGAAUGAGUUAAGAGGUUCCAAGGAAGUAGUAACUAUAGAGGAUUCAGGAAGUUUCUUAGCUCAAUUUCAGGUUCGGUCUUCUCUAGUAACUGAGAUUGUAAGAAGACAGUCAGAGAACAGUAAUUUACAGAAGAAGCUUGGGAAAUCCAAGAAAGGCUUAGAGGUGGAGUUUGCUCUGAGAACAGAUGGAGCCAUUGUUAAACAAGGAAGAUUAUAUGUUCCGAAUAUCAGUGAGCUUAAGAAUGUUAUUUUAGAAGAAGCUCAUAGUUCAGCUUACGCUAUGCAUCCAGGUAGCACAAAGAUGUACAGAGCUUUAAAGAAGACUUAUUGGUGGCCUGGAAUGAAGCAAGAGAUAGUUGAAUAUGUUGAUAGAUGUUUGAUUUGUCAACAGGUUAAACUAGUAAGAGAGAGGCCAGGAGGAUUUCUUAAUCCUUUGCCAGUGCCAGAGUGGAUAUGGGAGCAUAUUACUAUGGAUUUUCUAUUUGGAUUACCUCGUACGUCCAGUGGAUAUGACGAUAUAUGGGUAAUAGUAGACAGACUCACCAAGACGACACGAUUUAUACCGGUUAUAGCGACAUCUACGUUAGACCAGCUAGCUAGAUCAUAUGUUGAUAAGAUUGUGAGUCAGUAUGGAGUACCAGUGUACAUAGUUUCAGUUAAGGAUUCGAGGUUUACUUCUAAAUUUUGGCCUAGUUUACAGAAAGCAAUGGGAACGGGGCUAAAGUUUAGUACAUCAUUUCAUCCCCAAACAGAUGGUCAGUUCGAGAGGACCAUCCAAACUUUAGAGGACAUGUUGAGAGCAUGUGUCCUUCAACUUAAAGGAAGUUGGGAUACCCACUUGCCACUUAUGGAGUUUGCUUAUAAUAAUAGCUAUCAGUCUAGUAUCGGUAUGGCACCAUAUGAGGCCUUAUACGGGAGACCAUGUAGAACUCCUGUGUGCUGGAAUGAAGUGGGAGAGCGGAAGUUAGUAGGUCUUGAGUUGGUUCAGACUACGACAAACAAUAUUAAGUUAAUCAGAGAAAACCUGAAGAUAGCCCAAGAUCGGCAGAAAAGUUAUGCGGAUAAGCGACGAAGAAACUUAGAAUUCCAAGUUGGAGAUUAAGUUUUCUUGA